AUGCCUGCCCGCAGCGCACCCGGCGCUGGAGGCGGCCACCGAGCGACGGCCACGACGAGGCCCGCGACUGGAGAGAAAUCUCUGCCCACGCCAAACGUGCUGCUGCUGCUGCUGGCCCUCCGCAUCGUCAGCGCACUAACCCUCCGCACCUUCUUCCAGCCGGACGAGUACUUCCAGUCCCUAGAGCCGGCCUGGCAGCUCGCAUUUGGACAGCAUGCCGGUGCCUGGAUAACAUGGGAAUGGCGCGCCCAACUACGCUCGUCGCUGCACCCAGCGCUAUUUGCGGCCGUCUAUCAAUUCGCGGCAACGCUUGCCAAUCUGUGCCAGGCCUCUCCACGCCUGCGAGCCGAGCUGCUUGUCGCCGCACCCAAGGUCGUGCAGGCUGUCAUUGCUGCGCUGCUCGACUGUUACACGUGGAGGCUGGCCCAGAAGAUUUAUGGCCGAAGCUCUCGCACGGCAUGGGUCACUCUUGCCUUAUCGGUCUUCAGUCCUUGGCAGUGGUUCUGCGCGCCCCGCACUCUGUCCAAUUGCCUCGAGACGACCAUCACGUCGAUUGCCGUAUACUACUGGCCUUGGCGAUGGGCUGACCUUUCCAGCAACAGCACGUUGAAAGAUAAGGACAUUCGCAACCACGGGCAUCCUGCGAGCAACGCCGUCGGCGCUUUAUCCAAGCUAAGACUGUCGCUACUUUUAGCUGCUGUUGCGUGUAUCCUCAGGCCCACAAAUGCCCUCAUCUGGCUCUGCCUCGCCGUCCCGACCCUGUGGCGAGCUACGACUCGCGGGCGGUUUGUCUUGGUCCGAGAAGUCCUGGCAUGCGGAUCCGCUAUACUCGUAUUAUCCGUGCUCUCAGAUAGGCUUUUCUACGGCUUCUGGACGCUCCCGCCGGUCCGGUUCCUGUACUUCAACAUUGCACAAUCGCUGGCUGUCUUCUACGGGAGAAACCGCCCUGAUUACUACCUGACCGAGGGGAUCCCGCUUUUGCUCACUACUGCACUGCCGUUUGCGGCCGUGGGAAUUUGGCAAAACCUCCCGAAGCCAACGGCUUUUGCCGCGCCUCGAGACGCCCGGGAUGCCUUCACUCGCACCGUUUUAGGGCGCCUUGCAUGCACCAGUAUCACGGUGGCCGUUGUCAUGAGCCUGAUAUCUCACAAGGAAGUGCGGUUCUUGUACCCUGUGCUGCCCUUCCUUCACGUUCUGGCCGCGGGCCCAUUGUGCGCCUUCUCAAACUCGCUCACUGCCUCCCGCAAGGCCAUCCUCGCGGUCCUCCUCUCUCUCAACCUCAUCAUUGCGGGCUAUGUCUCUCAAGUGCACCAGCGCGGGGUCAUUGACGUUAUGUCGUACCUGCGGCACCAGUACGAGGCACAGCAGCUCGAGCCGUUCGACGUGGGCUUCCUAAUGCCAUGCCACAGUACGCCGUGGCGGAGCCAUUUGGUGCAUCCGGGCAUCCACGCCUGGGCGCUGACGUGCGAGCCGCCGAUCGAUGUUCCUCUGAGCGAGCGAGGGGCGUACCUGGAUGAGGCUGACCAGUUUUACAUCGAGCCGGGGCCUUCCGGUUGGAUUAACAAGCAUAUGGCUGAUUUGCGGACAGUGAGUGCUGAUAGCAUCAGCGAGGGUGCGGAUGAGGGAAAUGCUUUUGUAAGCACAAAUAGAGGCCUCAGAGCCUGGCCUCAAUACUUGGUUUUCUUCGAGCAAUUGGAAGAGACGACGACGGAGGUGCUCCAGGGGACGAGAUAUACUGAAUGCUGGAGGGGGUUCAACACACACUUUCACGACGACUCUAGGAGAAGGGGAGACGUUAUAGUGUGGUGUCUAGAAAGAUAACUCUUCGCUGGGAGAGCAAAAGUAAUGGGUAAAAGAUAGACGUCAAAGAGUUUAAUUGGAUAGAUUAUGAUAAUUUCGGUUAAAGACGCUCACAGAAGGACCUUUGAUGCAACGCUCAGAAGCCAUGCAGCAUCCUGCCACCCACCCUCACCUUCCGCCGGCACAGGCUCCGGUAUUGGGACAUCUUUUUCCUCUUCAAUUUCUUUCUCUUUUGAUCCCGCCGCCGAAGCCGCAAUGAUCGCUUCCCGCUCCAUCUUCUUCCUCUUCGCCUCCACUUCCUUCUUCAACAACACGUCUUCCCUCGUCAGUGCCUCCUCCUCCUCUCCCUCCUCAUCACUACUUUCUCCAUCUUCCUCAACACUGAACAGCGUCCACCCAACCAACCGAUCCAUCCACCCACCCAGCCCAAAUCCCCUCUCGCUCGCCAGCCUCGCCACCUCCUCCUCAUCUCCCACACUCUCCUCAUCACUCCCCACA